AUGAACUUGAGGGUAAGCCUCGUAGCUCUGCGCACAAUUAAAAGACGCAUUGAUCUCGGUCGGAACGCAGCUUUCUUCUUCACUUUUGCUCGUGCCCAACUCUUGUCUAUUACUACACUGCUGCAAAUGUCUCAAAAGAGCCCCAAGAGCGGUUCGCCGCCUUCUCCACGGUCUUCCCACAGCCAAGGACCUAUCGCAGCUGCUGCGCAGGCGCUAGAAGUCGACGAUCUUGCUGAGGGGGAGGAAGAUGACCCAGGUCUUGGCGAGGACUCCGAAAGCUCGACGGCCUCUAUUACCUCAAGCAUUCUCCACUACCGCACCAUCAAUGGCAGGACCUAUCACAGCGAAAGAGGGAAUGCCGCCUAUUGGGGCUCUAACGAUGAACGGCAAAGUGAAGCCAUGGACAUUGCACAUCACAUGUUUACUCUUUCGCAAGACGGUGAGCUGUACUUUGCUCCCCUCGAUGGCAAAAUUCAAAGUGUACUUGACAUUGGAUGCGGAACAGGUACGCCAAUGCUUGUAGCAAAUGAUUUUGCCGACAAGCAUCCAGGGUGCGAAGUGAUAGGGACGGACAUAUCUCCCAUUCAACCUUCAUGGGUACCACCUAAUGUCAAGUUCGAGAUCGAGGACUUUAACCAAGAUUGGACCUUUCCUCCAGAGUCCUUCGAUUACGUCCACCUGCGCUAUUUAGUUGGAUGUGUUCCAAACUGGGACUAUAUAUUUGAACAGGCCUUCAAAGUUCUUAAGCCGGGCGGCUGGGUUGAGUCCUUUGAAGCAUCAGCUAUCAUCGAGAGUGAUGACGAUAGUGUGAAACCCGACUCGGCAAUGGCGCAGUGGGGACCUAUCUUUAUCAAGGCCUCCAAAAUAAUUGGAAAUACAUUCACUGUCGUGGGAGACGAUCUUCAGAGACCCGGCAUUGAGAAAGCAGGAUUUACAGAUAUCAAGCAAUGGGACUUAAAGUUACCUUUGAACCCUUUCCCUAAAGAUCCCAAGCUUAAACAAAUCGGACAGUUUGGUGAGCUGUUCAGUACUCAGGACACUGAAGGGCUUGUGUUGUUCGUUGCCAACACACUUGGAUGGACUCCCGAGGAGGUCCAUGUAUAUAUCGCCAACUUCCGACGAGAAAUCAGAGACAGGAAGAAUCACCCAUAUAUUCGCUUGAGAACUGUGUGGGCUAGGAAGCCAGAGUAG